GCAUGGGUUGGAUGGAUAGAUGGGUUGUAAAAUUCUGCCACGCCCCGAGGCACUUGUUGACCCAACCUGGAAUACCGGUUACACCUAGAGUUUGACAUUCCGGGCGUAAAAAGCAGCUGACAUACGGUUUCAUUGAAACCAGAUUCCUCUCAGUGUAACUACAUCCACUGCCCUUGUAGUAGCUUAACACUACGUGUGUCACGGUGUCAAAAUGUCGCGUAGCAGCAGUAGGAUGGACCGGGAUAAGUACAGCACUCUGGAAAAACCGCGGAGGUCAACACCCAGUGGUGGUAGACCGAGUUCAAGGGUCAGUGGUCGUUUUAACCCCGGUAGCGUGUUGUGCGAUUUUUGCAUGGGAAAGAAGUCAAAGGCCGUAAAGUCUUGUCUGACAUGCCUGGCCUCAUACUGCGAGACACACCUGCAGUCCCACUACGAGUACCCUGCUUUCAUGAAGCACAAGCUGGUGACGGCCACUGGACAGCUGCGGGAGGAAAUCUGCGCCGAGCAUGACAAGCUUCGAGAAGUGUUCUGCCGCACUGACCAGUCCUGUAUUUGUGUGACGUGUCUAAUGGAUGAACACAAAAAACAUGACAUUGUAUCCGCUGCGGCUGAGAGGACUGAAAAACAGAAGCAACUAGCGGCCAAGUUGAUGAUGUCACAGGAGAAAAUCGAGGACAGAGUGAAGAGAUGGCAGGAGCUCAGACGGGCUGUGGAAUCUCACAAGAACUCGGCGCAGGUGGUCCUGGAGGAGAACGAGCGAGUGUUCACUGAACUGAUUCAGGCUCUGCAGCGACACCAUACGGAGGUGAAGCAGCUGAUCGGCGCGCAGGAGAUGGCAACGGUGGGCCGUGGUGAGGCCCACCUUGACCGCAUGGAGGAGGAGAUCAUGCUGCUGCGCAAGAGGCACAACGACCUCGAGAUGCUGUCGCACACUGAUGACCACAUCCACUUUCUGCUGAGCUGGCAGUCCCUCUCUGCUCCAUCAGGUUAUGAGGAUUUGACCAAAGUAGCCUUGGCCCCGUCCUUCUCUUUUGAGCCCACUAAGAGAGCCAUUGCUGAACUGAAAGCUCAACUAGAUGAGGUCAGCAAAAUGGAGGUGGCAAAAAUCAGUUCAACAGUAAAUGAUGUACAUAUUCUCCAAACUCUGGAACCAACAAAACGAGAGGAGUUCUUGCAGUACUCCUGUCAGCCAACCCUUGACCCCAGCACAGCGCACCAGAGCCUCCGUCUGUCGCGCGGCAACACAGCGGUGACGAUGACCACCGCAAUGCAGCCCUACGCCGACCACCCCGACCGUUUCGACCACUGGCAGCAGGUGCUCUGCACCCAGGGCCUGAUGGGAAAGCGUUGCUACUGGGAGGUGGACUGGAGCGGCACAGAGGUGGACGUUGCCGUGGCUUACCGCGGACUCCGCCGCAAGGGCAACAGUAAUGAGAGCAGCUUCGGCUGGAACGAACACUCCUGGACCCUCUACUGCUCGGACGACAAGUUUUCUUUCACCCACAACGGCAAGUCCACUACCAUCCCGGUUCCUGGCUCUAUGAAGGUGGGGAUUUACCUGGACCACAGGGCGGGAACACUGGCAUUUUAUAGCGUGGCAGAUCCCAUGGUGCUUCUAUACCAGGUGCAGACUACCUUCACCGAACCACUUUAUCCUGGGUUUGGAGUGUGGGGGUAUGGCACCACUGUGAAACUGUGAGUGGCCACAAUUAUUGUGUGUUACUCCACAAGGACUACUGAUUUGGGUGAAUGGGAAUGUACAUUUUUUUUUAUCAAAUAUUAUGUAACAUAUCUUAUGUUGAACAUACACUUAUCUGUACACUGCAUCUGUCAAAUGCCUUGUUUUGUAUGUUAUUUGUAAUACAAGAAGCUGGAUAUUACAGAUGCUACAUGGCUCAAGAACAUUUAAAAUGGGUUACCCUUUUCAAUAUUUUGAAGAACUUCUGGAGUGGUCCGAUCUUCCCAGAGUAAUACAGUUUG